GCAGUCACACCUUGAGCGUUGACGUGCGUGGACAUUCGAGAGAGAACAACGCAGCAGAACGCUGGCAACGAACACGAAGCGAACGGACGAACACGCGUUAACGACCUUAGCCUUAGAACGUACCUUAAAUAUUUUAGGUGAAAUCAAGAGACGGGAAGAUAUAUAUUUAUAAAAUAAUCUCUUGCGUGGCGCGGGCUUUUUUUGUUUUGUUUGUGUUUCUUUGCUGACAGAGGUAACGAGGGGUAGGUAGGUGAGGUAUUGAUUUAUUUAUUUUUGAGAUCUUCUUCUUCUUCAGAAGGCACGCCGAGGAGAGGCAUGGGAGGCAAGAAGAGCACUCCAGAAAGCUCAUCUCCGCACGGAGAGCCAAACAAACAUGACCCAAGUUUCAAAGGUCCGGUUUCGAAAAGGGGAUGCACGGACAUCAUCUGCUGUGUCCUCUUCAUCCUCGUCAUCGCCGGCUACAUCAUCGUUGGUGUUUUGGCCUGGCUGAACGGCGACCCGCGGAAGGUCUUGUACCCCGUCGACAGCGCCGGUCGCUUCUGCGGCAUCGGCUCCAUGAGUGACAAGCCAUACCUCUUCUACCUGGACAUCCUCAAGUGUGCGACGAGCGCCAUCACCGUCACCAUGCAGUGUCCCACCAAGCAGAUAUGCGUGAAGGAAUGUCCACAAACCAACUGGGUACCGACAAGUCUCUCGCUCGCACCCGCUAACGUGUUCAAGCAGGAGUACUGCAGCGUCAACCUCACCACAACCCCGAAGAACCCCAUUCAGAUCAUUCAAGAUGGGGAAUGUGCCUACUACCUCGUUGCAAGCGACCCAUUCCUGAACCGUUGCUUCCCGAGGCUCGUCAGAAACUCGUCGGUCACGUCCGUGGGCGGCGGCGAGUCCAUCAACAUCAUCAACAGCUCCGUGUCCGCGGAAAAGUUCCUCUCCGCCUCAAAGGGGGUUGUGGGGCUACUGGAUGCAAGGCAAGUCGGGAUGAGAGUCUUUGAGGACUUCGCAAAAUCCUGGCACUGGAUCCUGAUUGGUCUGGCCAUCGCGAUGGUGGUCAGCCUCCUGUUCCUGCUGCUCCUUCGCUUCACGGCGCCCGUGCUCAUCUGGGUCAUCAUCGUCGGCGUGCUCGUGGCCGGAGCUUACGGCAUCUUCCACUGCUCGUGGGAGUACGUGAACCUCAGCGGAAAACCUGGAGCGGACCAGACCGUGACCGACCUGGGGGUGCAGACGGACUUCCGCAUUUACCUCCAGCUCCGGCAAACGUGGCUUGCAUUCAUCAUCAUCCUGUGCAUCGUGGAGGUCGUCAUCCUGCUGGUGCUCAUCUUCCUGCGCAAGAGGAUCCUCAUCGCCAUCGCCCUCAUCCAGGAGGCCAGCAGGGCCAUCGGACACAUCAUGUCGUCCAUCUUAUACCCCGUGCUGACGUUUCUCCUGCUCUCCGUGUGCAUCGCGUACUGGGGAGUCACCGCACUAUACCUGGCGACUGCUGGCACCGCCACCUACAAGGUGGCGUCGCCGGGCAAUUACAGCUCGCCGGCCUGCGCCGAUUGGAACACCAACACCACCCCGUGCACGCCCAACGAGGGAUGGAAGUGGAACACGACCGAGUGCCCGGACGCUCAGUGCGUCUUCGACACCUACGGCCUGGACGACAGCCUCUUCAAGCGCAACCUCUUCAACCUGCAGAUCUACAACGUCUUCGCCUUCCUGUGGCUCGUCAACUUCGUGCUUGCGCUGGGCGAGUGCUCGCUGGCGGGGGCGUUCGGCUCGUACUACUGGACCCUCAACAAGAGGGACAUCCCCGCGCUGCCCGUCACGCGCGCCUUCAUGCGCGCCGUGCGGUACCACACGGGCUCUCUGGCCUUCGGUGCUCUGAUAAUCACUAUCAUUCAGAUGAUCCGGAUCUUCUUGGAAUACCUGGACCACAAGCUCAAAGGUUCUCAAAACCGUUUUCUCAAGUUCCUGCUGUGCUGUCUCAAGUGUUGCUUCUGGUGCCUCGAGAAGAUCAUGAAAUUCAUCAACAGGAACGCGUACAUCAUGGUCGCAAUCUACGGGAAGAACUUCUGUGUGUCGGCAAAGAACGCGUUCAAGCUGAUCAUGAGGAACAUCCUGCGGACGUUGGUGCUGGACAAAGUGACGGACUUCCUCCUCCUCCUGGGAAAACUCCUGGUCGUCGGGGGUGUUGGAAUCCUGGCGUUCUUCUUCUUUAGCAACCGCAUCCAAAUCCCCAACCUGACGCUGCCAACGCUCAACUACUACUGGAUCCCCAUCCUGACCGUGAUAGUGGGGUCCUACCUCAUCGCUCACGGCUUCUUCAGCGUCUACUCCAUGUGCGUCGACACGCUCUUCCUGUGCUUCCUGGAUGACCUGGAGAGGAACGAUGGCUCGGCAGAGAAGCCCUACUACAUGUCCAAGAAGCUGAUGAAGAUUCUGAACAAGAAGAAUAAGAAUAAGGCCAAGUAGGCGUUGGGAAGGGGACGGGGGGUCGGUGGAUCGCUUGAGGAUGGGAGGACUCAUCUGGGCAAUGUGUGUCAGUGUGCCAACAACCGCCUCCACCACUCCCGCACCUCCUCCCUGAUGAGUGAAUGCUAAACCUCCCCCCCCCCUCCACCUUGCUCACUUUCCUCCGAAAAUUAUCGCGUCAAUUUAAUUACAUUAUUCGUUAUUG